AAACAAAAUAAUGCAGUUGAGGAGGAACAGGCCAAGGAGGAGGACGAAUCAGCCGAUGAUAAGGGCAACGAAGAGGCAUGGGAAGAAGACGGCAAUGACGACAAUGACGAGGGGAUUGAGAGAGACGCAGAGCAGCAGGAUCCCAUUGACGGCAUCAGCGUCAACCAUGCUGUCCUGGUCAAGUCUGAGCACCAACCACCUUGUGAUACCAAUCCAGUGCUGGACGACGUGCUCGCCCCUCGGAAGCACCUACAUCUCCCUGGCUUCGAGGAGGUAGAGAGGCUGGCUCUCCUGCUAAUCCAACUAGCCGACGAUUCGGACGAGCAUCUGAUUCCACCUGAACUUCGUCUCCAGAUCAUCGCGGCAGCUGCAGCUCUCUCGGACCAUGACAAAUCUUGUAAAUCAUUUGUGAAGAGGUAUGAGUCCAAAUGGGGCCAUACACUAUUUGGCAGAGUUCAUGGUCCAGAGUCACCACAAACCAGUGCAGCCCAAAAGACAAAGUUCGCGUGGAUGAGGUACGCUCAGGCAGCUGCCGUUACCGAGGAGUCGAGGUUGCUGUACGUUGUGAUCAAAAUGUUGAAAAAUCGACCCAAGGCCAGCUCCUUGUCAUCUCCCACCAAAAUUGCAUGCCUCGUAAGAGGGCAGUACAAACGCAUCGUCGAUCGGGUACGAGAUGACAGGAAGCUGGCAGAGGUGCCGAUUCCUCUACCGAAUAUCAAUGUUAAGUCCAUUACGGCUUUCCUCACCAGGGAAAAUAAGAGGAUGAACUUUCUGUCCACAGUUGUUCCCAAGGCUCCCAGUCACCGCCGUGUAAUGACGGCCAAGUCCAUUCCCGAUGCACCAUCCCUGCCUUCAACAUUGAGCAUGCCUGACAGGGAACAGGUUCAGUACCCGACGGUGCCUUUCGAGACGGGCAACAGGCGUGGACAGAAUAGGAAGUUAGACCUCAACACGCCAAUUGAUGAUCCAAUGCAAGCUCAUCCAUUGCCCACACUUGCAAAGCCAAUCUUGCCAAAAGCGCCAAUUCUGAUGGUAGUUCCAUUACAGCCACGUGCGGCAUCCUUGUCGUUUCAGCCUUCCACAUCAGCGCCUUUAAAGGUUACUCUCCCUCCUCCCCCACAGCCCAAAGCCAAGCCUAUCAUGCCAAACAAAUCAAAGAAACCGUGCGCAGCUUGCGGGGUAUUCAAUUGUGGUGGCGAUCGAAAACGGUACAUUCCGUCCAAAGACAAGGUGACAAACAGCACUCAGAAGUUAUUCACUUUCUGUCCCCGAACUCGCAAGUCCCUUACUCCAGGGUUCACGGAUCGUACCUACGACAGUUACGAUCAUUUCAAAACUGUCGUGGACUCUGAGCUUGCAAAGAGAACAUGAAUUUCAUAAUAUUCAUCAAUUGGUGAAAUCUGAGGCUGGUUGCACAUAUGCUUGUAUUAUUCUUGUUUUGAUUAUAUGUACUUAUGCCCUUUUGUUAGGGAGCUCAGGUAAUUUACUUCCUUGCCAGAGAUGUUUGAU